UGCUGAAGAUGCGCGUCUGAAACAAAAGCUCUGAGGUCUGAGGCUCCUCCCUGCGUGUGUGUGUGUGUGUGACAGCUGCUGCGUGUGUGUGAGCUCAGCUCAGUAAAGCUUCAUCUCUAAUAGGAUGAGCAGCCGCUCGCGCGAGUAGCUGAAUGCGCCGCUCAUUGUUCGCUCCGCCGUUUCUCUGCUGUUUCCGCGGAUCGAUCGAUCAGUGAUCGGGAUUUCUCAUGGAUCUAUCGAUGUGAAGAAGCUGUCAAACGCGGCUGAAGUUCAGAAGAGAUCGAGCGCAGCAGCUGGAGGUAAUCAUGCGGUCGCACGCCUUGUUGCUGUAUUUCACGCUGCUGCAGACGGCCGGAGCCGCUUUCCCAGAAGACACCGAGCCAAUCAGUAUUUCACACAGCAACUAUACCAAACAAUAUCCAGCGUUUGUGGGACACAAACCGGGAAGAAACAACACGCAACGGCACAAACUGGACAUCCAGCUGAUGGUCAUCAUGAACCGGACUCUCUAUGUGUCCGCCAGGGAUCACAUUUACACGGUGGACAUCGAGACGGCCGACACGGAGGAGAUCUUCUUCAGUAAGAAGCUGACGUGGAAGUCCAGGCAGGCCGACGUGGACACCUGCAGGAUGAAGGGAAAACACAAGGACGAGUGCCAUAACUUCAUCAAGGUCCUGCUGCAGCAGAGCCACGACUCUCUGUUUGUGUGCGGAACCAACGCCUUCAACCCGUCCUGUCGGACCUACAAGAUGGACAGUCUGGACGCUGUGAGCGAUGAGAUCAGCGGUAUGGCCCGCUGCCCGUACGAUGCCAAACACGCCAACGUGGCCCUGUUCGCCGAUGGGAAGCUGUACUCGGCCACGGUCACAGACUUCCUGGCGAUCGAUGCGGUGAUCUAUCGCAGUCUGGGCGACAGUGCGACCCUCAGGACGGUCAAACACGACUCCAAAUGGCUGAAAGAGCCGUAUUUCGUCCAGGCCAUCGAUUACGGCGAGUUCAUCUACUUCUUCUUUCGGGAAAUCGCCAUGGAGUACAACAGCAUGGGGAAGGUGGUGUUUCCACGAGUGGCUCGUGUGUGUAAGAACGACCGUGGCGGAUCUCAGCGAGUGCUGGAGAAACAGUGGACGUCCUUCCUGAAGACACGGCUCAACUGCUCCAUCCCUGGAGACUCACACUUCUACUUCAACAUCCUGCAGGCCGUCACCGACGUCAUCCACAUCAGCGGCCGAGACGUGGUCAUGGCCACCUUCUCCACGCCGUACAACAGUAUCCCGGGAUCGGCCGUCUGUGCGUACGACAUGGAGGAGAUCGCAGCGGCCUUCACCGGACGUUUCAAAGAGCAGAAGUCGCCCGAUUCCACCUGGACCCCCGUCCCAGAGGAGAAGGUGCCCAGACCCAGGCCAGGCGUCUGUGCAGGAGCUUCCUCCGGAGAGAAAUACAAAGUGUCCAACGAGCUCCCGGAUGAAACGCUGAACUUCAUCAAGCUUCACCCGCUGAUGGACGAAGCCGUUCCUUCCAUCGCCAAUCGGCCGUGGUUCCUCAAGACGAUGGUCCGAUAUCGUCUGACUCGUAUAGCCGUGGAUAACGCCGCCGGCCCUCAUCACAACCACACCGUGGUUUUCCUGGGAUCAGAGCGAGGAAUUGUGCUGAAGUUCCUGGCCAAGAUGCGGAGCGGCUUCCUGAACGACAGCCUGUUUCUGGAGGAGCUGAGCGUCUACAACCCAGAGAAGUGCAGUAUUGACGGCGUUGAGGACAAGCGCAUCAUCAGCAUGCAGAUCGACAGCCGGAGUCACUCUCUGUUCGUGGCCUUCUCCUCAUGCGUGGUCAAAGUCCCGCUGUCCCGCUGCGAACGCCACGGAAAGUGUAAAAAGUCCUGUAUCGCCUCCAGGGACCCCUACUGCGGCUGGGGGUCAGAGGGAGCCUGUAAAGAGAUCGCAUCAGACCCGAAAUGGCCAUUCGAGCAGGACGUGGAACAGGGCAACACAGAUGGACUGGGCGACUGCCAAAAUUCGUUCGUGGCUCUCAAUGCAGGCCUCCUCACCACCAUCCCUCCUCUCUCCGCUGGGGGUCCUCUGCUCCGGGGCCGAAUGGUCAAGCCGAAGGAGGCCGUGCUGCUGGACGAUCGGAGUGACCCGUAUCCCUCAGACACGCAGCAGGAGAGCGCUGGGGUGAUCCGUGAGACGUACCACCGAGACCGCGAUCAGAUGGUUCCCAUCACACUCCUGGCCAUCGCCGUCAUCCUCGCCUUCGUCAUGGGCGCCGUCUUCUCCGGCAUCGUGGUGUACUGUGUGUGUGACCACCGGCGACGAGACUUCGAGUUGCCCGGCCGCAAAGACAAGGACUCGGUCCAGUCCCGACGGGGAUCCAUGAACAGCGUCACCAAGCUGACGGGGCUCUUCGAGACGCAAGCCACAGAUGGACGGCCAGAAGCCAUUAUGACCCCGCUCAUGCACAACGGCCACUUGACCAACGGCAGGAUGCUCAUCAAAGCUGAACAGCAAAUGGAUCUGACCGCCCUGCCCACGCCCGAGUCCACGCCCAUGCAGCCGCGCCGCAAGCCCAGCCGAGGCAGCCGCGAGUGGGAGCGCCACCAGAACCUGAUCAACGCCUGCACCAAAGACUUGCCCUCCAUGGGUUCUGCGGUCAUCCCGACGGACCUGCAGCUGCGGGCGUCUCCGGGCCACAUCCCCAGCGUGGUGGUGCUGCCUUUGCCCCAACACCAGCAGGCCUACCAGCACGAGUACGUGGAGCAGCCGCACCGAGGAGACCUCGCAGAUGACCAGGCCGCCACACUGGAGUACAAGUCCCUCAAGAGUCCGUGUCACAGCCUCAGCCUGGCGGACGGUGAGGGAGCGCCGCCACGUGUGCCCCAGCGAGAAGCGUCUCUGAGCGCCGUGGUCCUGCCGGCCGUCCCACAGAUGGGCAAGAGGCUGGACAUGCAUUCGUCUGUAUACGGCCGUGGCUAUCCCAUGAACUCGGGCCUCAAGAAACAGCACAACACCAACUCGUCCAACUCAUCCCACAUGUCCAGGAACCACAGCUUCCGUGUGGAGACGCCUCCUCCGCCCGCUCCGCAGCGCGUGGACUCCAUGCACAUCUCCUCCCAUCACCCCAGCCUGAGCUCGUACGGCUCUCUCUCCAGGCAUCUCAAACCUGACGUCCCUCCUAAACCAUCACUGGUGUCCCUUUCCACGAAGGUCAGGUCCAGCGACUCCUGCACAUAAAAGACGGAGAACGUGAAAGUGUGUCUGCUUUGUGCAGCUGUGUACAGGAAAUGCAACUCACUUUUUUUGGUUUUGUUUUGUAUGUUUUGAAAUACACGUCGAGCUCAGGCUGAUGAGGGCGAACAUCUGGGGCAACUCUUGGAGAUUUCGUCCGGUGGCAGCAGUGUUGCCGAUGGUCAUUUUCUGCCAAAAGCACAUCGGAGACGGGCACAGAAGCAACGCGAAGCCCGGUUAUCAAGCACUUGGACACACAGCGAGUUCAGACGGGAACAGCUGCUGGAGUUUACCAUGGAAAACUGUGAAAACCGCCAUCGAGUAAAAGCAAUCAAGUUCUGCCUUCGUGCAAGAGUUCAACACGUCUACUGAAACUGUUGACUAAAUAACACAUGACUGUUAAUACUAAUAGCAGGUUUUAUUUAUUUUUUAAUAAAGUGCUUUUGCAGAAAGAGCGUCUCUUUUAGGCUCAAAUGAGACAGGAACGAUCGUUUUAAUUUGAAUUAAUCAAGUGUGAAAUUAUUUAAAGUCAUUAAACUGGAGCCAGUACUUCUCUUGGGAUGUCAGAAGUCAGAGAC